AUUUCUAAUUAAAGCAUUAUUUUUUGUGCCUUUUUUAUAUUUUUUUUUUCCACAUUUUCACAGUUUGAUUGCAAUUUUAAUAAGUAAUGUUUUAAUCCAGUAUAUAAGACUGCCCUGUUUCUUUCCUUUUCACUUGUAAUCAUGAGUUCAAACGUGCUUUGUUUACACUGCUCGCGUCUUGUUGCAAAUCAUCAUCAAGCAAUUGAUUGUGAUUCUUGCGGAGGAUGGCAACAUCGUGCUUGUAACACUGGUAUAUCCAGGUACAUGUAUGCCAAGAUGCGCCGUGGCGAAGUGACCAGAGAUUUCAUUUGUGAAAAAUGCGCGCACAAUCAGACACCCAUGGACACAUCUGAUACCAGUGUUGGUGACAUGCUCCUACAAAUACCGCCUAUGGAAGAUUCUACUCAGUCCUUAGAUGGCCUAACAGCCGAUACACACUCUAUGAGAACAGAGCCUGAGACUGAAGAUGACUCGUUUAAUGUGACGGCUCCCUUCACCAGACCACAGGAGUUAGAAGAAAGUGCUUUGGCAGAGCCUAAUCCAACUUCGUCCUUCGUUGAGGAAGCUGAAACAACAUAUGAGGUCGUUGAUGGUGGUUCUUCAAAGGGAAAGAGUGUCCUCCUUGAAAGUACAGGUUUUAGCUACACACAAAAGAGACAGAGGGGUAAUAUUGUGUAUUGGUGGUGUUCACAACGUACCAAGACCAGGAGAUGUCCGGCUACGGUGAUUCAACGUGAUGACAACUUCCGAGGAGGCUUACACAGACACGACCAUCCAGCUGACCUUGGUCUCCGACAUAAGACUCUUCUUACCAAAAAGGUGAAAACAGAUGCCAAGCAGCAACCGUUCGUGUCAGCAAAGGCAGUUGUUGAGGAUGCCUACAAGGAUCUUCGUGCCGAAGAUUUCAACCUUCCAGAUGAGGGUCUUCUUGUUAGACGAGCAAACCGCCAUCGCCAGAAGACAAGACCUCCAGAGCCACGUAGAGAAGACUUCCAGCUGGUAGAGGAAGCCCUUCCAGAUGGAUAUCUUUGCUGUGAUUUGACUGUAGAUGGAGCCAGGCACAUCAUUUUCGCAACCAACACACAACUGGAUGUCCUCCAAAAGGCCAAGCGAUGGUAUGUGGAUGGUACGUUCAAGGUGCUGAGGAGCAGGGACACUUUUGAACAGCUUUACAGUAUCCACGCCUUCCUGAAGAAUGAUGAGGGGGAAACAAAACAAGUUCCAUUGGUAUUCAUCUUCAUGAGUCGUAAGAGGAAGAAGGAUUAUAAGAAGGUGUUUAAGAAAGUGAAAGCUCUGACUACACCAAACAAAGUUGAGGGCUUUGUGCUGGAUUUUGAGGCAGCAGCGUGGUCGGCUAUCAGACGUGUAUUUCCAGAUGUGAAGAUCUCAGGGUGUGCUUACCACUGGUCACGGGCAGUCUGGAGAAAAGUUCAGAAUCUAGGUUUGACUGGAGCCUACAUGCAAGAUGAGGGUACUCACUGGUUCAUUAGGAAGAUACUCGCCCUACCACUUAUACCAGCUGAACAUGCUGCACCAGCCUUCGAGCACAUUCAACGAAAGGGAACACCACCUCUACAGCCUCUUCUCGAGUAUGUACAAUCAACCUGGUUCAAUGGAUUCUGGUCACCAGAAGAAUGGUCUGUCUAUGGACAGUCCAUUCGCACCAACAAUGACUGCGAAGGAUGGCACCGCAGAUCCCAGUAGGCAUUUGACGUCGGUUAGACGUCGUAUAGACGUCGGACCCCGACGUCGGAUUAACGUUGGAUUUUGGUUGGAUUUGCAAACCGUUUAGACGUCGGAUCCCGACGUUGGCUAGACGUCGCAAUCCGACCAUUUUCCAACCAAACUCUAACCACUUUCCAACCAAAAUCUGACCAAAUUUUCAACA